GCCAUGAGCGCGCGGGGGCGGCCGGGGCCUGGGCCUGGGCCGGGGCCUGCGCCUUCGUCGGCCUCCCCUGAGGCCCGCACCGCCUUCAUCACCGCCAUCAUCAUCAUCACCAUCAUCAUCAUCACCAUCAUCACCCCACCAUGGGCAUCCUCUUCACCCGGAUAUGGAGGCUGUUCAGUCACCAGGAACACAAAGUUAUUAUUGUUGGUCUGGACAACGCAGGAAAGACUACCAUUCUUUAUCAGUUUUCAAUGAAUGAAGUGGUGCACACAUCCCCUACAAUAGGAAGCAAUGUGGAAGAAAUAGUGGUGAAUAAUACCCGUUUCUUAAUGUGGGACAUUGGCGGACAAGAAUCUCUCCGUUCUUCGUGGAACACUUAUUACACCAAUACUGAGUUCGUAAUAGUUGUGGUGGACAGCACAGACAGAGAGAGGAUCUCCGUAACCCGAGAAGAGCUCUAUAAAAUGCUUGCACAUGAGGAUCUAAAGAAAGCCGGUUUGCUGAUCUUUGCUAACAAGCAAGAUGUUAAGCAAUGCAUGACUGUUGCAGAAAUCUCCCAGUUUCUGAAACUAACGUCUAUUAAAGAUCACCAGUGGCACAUCCAGGCUUGCUGUGCACUCACCGGGGAAGGAUUGUGCCAAGGACUUGAAUGGAUGAUGUCAAGACUUAAGAUCAGAUGAUCACUGCUGACCUCUUUUUCACAGACAUUGCAUAUUCGAAGUGCUGGACUAUAAUUAACCUGAAAGCUGCAAAAACUGGUGGGUUAGGUAUAUUUAUAAUAAACGGAUUUACAAACUUUUUCUAGAAGAAGCGACAGUUAAGGCCACUUGGAAGACAAAGAUGAACGUUCCGGUUUGGUUUCACAUGGACUUCUUCCAAAGUUAGGUCUUAAAGCUGCGAUUGACCUCUCUCUCUCUCUCACGAUGAAUCCUCUCAGGACAUUGUGUAGUCUGUGGUGAGUAUAAAAGGAGAGGAAGGAACUUUUUUUUUUUUAACCUUUACGCUUUGUCAGUAUAACCCCUCCCUUGUUGAAUGUCGUCCACUUCUUGUUCCAAUAAGUCAGAAAACAAAUCAAUGGCACGUAUAUUGACCUUCCAGUAUUUUAAAACUGUAAUCUUACCAAUAAGAAUAUGUUUGGCAUAGACUUGUAUGUUCAUUGUGUCUAGUCCUCAGGUUUAGAUUAACUACUUUGAUUUCUGAUCAAGAGGAAAAUGAACAGCCUACAUACGUCGGCCUGGAGUAAGAGUAGUUGUAACUUUGAUGGAGGAAAUAUGCCAUUCUCACAUUCUCCUGCUGGCUUUCCAUAUUUUUUAACUUAGCCCAGAUCAGGAACCCAUUGAGGUCCUACAUCUUGGGCAACCCAAGAAUCCAAUCACAACACAGAGGAAUGGAAAAUGUCAUUCUUUUCAUCAGUUUCAUUCUUGCACCAGUUGCAGGAGGAGAGUUAAGCGGAGCAGCGAGAUGAAACGGUGGCUCGCCUUUUUCCAAAAUGUCUCUUAUUUUGGAGCUGACGUAAUUUCUGGUAAUCUUAAUGUGUAUUCAGUGAUGAGAAUUCAGUGGGGGGGUUUUCAAGGUUAAUAAUGGGGAAAAGAUGCUCUAUGAAUAUAAAUAUAUAUAUAUAUGUAUUUGUGUGCGUGUGUAUUUCAAAAAAUGUAUUCUGAUCCAAAGAAUUGACCCCAGAUUUUUCCCAGAGAUUUUGGAAAAUGAUAUUGCAAGGAUUAUUUGGGCAUGGAUGCUCAUCUUCUGGUAGUCCUCUGAGAUUUCUCUAGCAGUGAGAUUAAGACCCGUGAGAAAUGUGUACUGGUCAGGCAGCAGAGAUUUUUGAUGCUCCUGAUGGCUAAUAGCAACUCCCAAAGUCUGUUGGUUGAGGGAAGUUUAUUUGCACUGUUUUGUUUUUCCGCUAUGUUGAGGGUCAUUGGUGGUGUUUGGAUAAAUUUGAAAUUACUGCUAAAAUGUCUUAUGCUUUUCACCCACCUAAAAGUUGCUUAACAAGCCAGAAGAAGGGAAAUUCUUGCGAGGUCUUUUUUAAAAACAAUUUGAUUUCAGAUUGGUUCUGAACAGUGGGAUGUUUUUGCAAAUCAUCUGACCAGCCACCAAUCUCAGCGGACUUUUGUGCAGAUUAGUUUAUUAGAACUGUUACGUUUUUGUGGAGGGUUUCUUUUUUCUUUUUUUCUUUUUUUCCACCCUCUGCCAUUAAACUUGAACCGCCUCUUUCCCUAACCUAUAAUAUGAAAGUACUCACGUUGAUUAUAUUCAAAUCUCUACUUCUCUAAAAUUUCAAGAUUGUUCCUCACUAGCAUUUCAGAGAAUUUGCAAGAAAUAGUAUAAAAAGUGAAUACCAACCAGUCUUUUCAAGGGUUCUGGAUGUUAUAUCAGGGAAUCAGUGGUUCAUGGUCUGAAUAAUGAUAAAUUUAGAGUUUGUCUCAGAAAAUACAUUAGGGAACUAAUAAAAUUAAAACUCCUACUGGAAGGAUAUCCAAGGAUAAAUGAAAAACGUAUUUGUUAGGUUGCAAGUUUUCCUAUUAGCCUGUAUCAUUUUUAAAGUGGAACUCUUGUUUUUAAUGAUAUGAUGAUAUACAGGUCAUUUUGUUUUUUGCCAAGUGAAUCAUAAAUAAAUUUUUUAAAAUUCAAUAUUCAAACUUUUUUCCAUAGCCAGGUAUUAGCAUAGUAUUUUUGCGUAGUAUUUAUCUUUAUGCAUUUGUUUGAUGACCCAACUUCUUCGGUAAAUCCUAAUAAAAGGAAGAAUCACUGCACACUUUUUGCCCUUCCUAACCAAUCAGUCAGAGGUAUUUAUUGAGUGCCUGCUGUGUACAGAGCACCGUACUAAACUCUUGGGAGAGUACAGGAGAGAUGGAAGGGUGAGUUUUUAAAAAAUUAUUAUUAUCAUUAUUAUUAUUAUUACUGUUUGCUUCCUAUUCAGGGAGUCACCAGCCUAUACGGUCGUACUGUCUUGUAAUUCCAAUUUUAUGCAACUAGAUAAAGUAUUUAAAAUUUGGGUCAAGAGUCAUGCCCAAAGUGUGAUUGUCCAUAAAUGUGAGAGACAAGGUGACUUAAUUUUCUCUUGCUCCACUGCAGGCUACCACGAAUGUCAUAUUCGUGACAUAAGAGAAUGCAUUCAGGGAUUACAGAGUACAUAAAUUGUCAAUCAUAAAGACAGACCACUAUCUUGAAACAAGGGUUUUUUGGGGUUUUGUGUUUUUUUUGGAUUGGGACAUCUGACACUACCAUUAUUUGACCCCGAACUGUCUUUAAAUGGAAAAAAACGAAGCCUACUUCACGCAUGAGACGCCAUCUCGACAGAGUUGAAAAGUUCAUGUUACUUUUCAAUGUCUUCUCAAAAAGACCAAUCAGCAUUUUUUUUUUUUUUUUGUAUUUAAUGGAAUUAAAUGAGAGGAAUGCUUUGCUUUAGAAGCAAUCCUGCAUUUGUAGUAUUGGCAAGAUUUGGAGAAACUCACUUGUAACGGGCUUGUUUUUAAAGUGAUACACUACAUUGGUAUUCUGAUAAAGGGAAGCUUCUUGAGUUAUAAUUCAAAGUAUAAGUGUAGCGUUAAAAAUUGACAAUUCCAGUAGGAAACUCUUGUGAACAAUCAGAUUUUUUAAAUUUUUCUCUAGCCUUUAAAGGCAGACCUUUCCGGGUAACUCUCACAGUGCUUUCUCGUAAUGUUUAUUUUAAGAAGGUAAAACAGCUGUCUGUGAAGCAGCGCAUGCUUUAUGUGCGGUUUUCAAAAAAAUGAGUAUAAUGGGCCGGUCUACUGUAAUUGGAUUUAUGAAAUGAAGAACUUUGGCAAAUAUUCAGAAAUUUUGAACUUCAUAUCUUCUAAUGUGACUUGAAAAUCUUCUCUCCUUCGAAAACAAAGCUUUUCAGCGAAAGAAUGCAUCAUCAUGUCAGGACUCCAAAGGAUAGUAGAUAGUGCAUCUCUGUCAUUGAUAGAGCAGUCGAAAAAAUGGAAGACAAAUUGGAAAUUUAAGAAGCCAAGGAUUAAAAGUGACUAAGCAUAUAUUUAUAAAAUAGCUUGUGGAAAGGUGUCAGGAUACCUGAGGUUAGUCAUACAGUGUUUAUAUCGGUUCUUUUCUUGUGUAUCGUACUGAAAAAUCUAUUCCUUCAUGUUCAUGUCCGUUGGAUGUAUUUUAUUUGAUAGGGACAUUUUUACAGUAUGUUCAAGAAGUGCCUAAAACUGAUUUGUGAUGACCAUUAAAGUAUAUCUAAUAAAUAAUGUGGAUCUUA